AUGGAUGCGAAUGCAUUCGAGCAUGGGCGGGCGCACGACACGGCGUUCCCGAUGCCCGUGCCGUUCUAUCACCCUAUCAUGACGUGCGUCAUCAUCGCUAACCCCGACCCCCUCGUUCGCACGGGCAGCCAACACAUGAACGGCCAGGCACUGUUUGUUCUUUCCCACCGCUCUGACCUGCUGGUUCCCUGCUUCAGCACUCCGGUUUAG